AGCAGGCACCAGGCAGCUGUUGUUCGUGUGUUUUGCAUUGUUGACGAAUUGUAUCUGAUAAUUAAUUUUCAAGCUUUAUAAUAUCCAAUAAGGGAAAUUAUGUGAAUCAAUAAUGAUGACUAGUUUACCAUAAAAGUCAGACGAAUUGUGAAAAUGCUGAAGUAAACAUUCAGAUCUUGUCAUUCGAAGAGAAAGUGUUUCAUUAUUGAAUAACGGGUCGAUAGAAAUAUGUCUGUCCCUGAUUUGUCUGUUGGAUGUAGAUUUGCUGAUUAUUUUGCCAUUUGUGGCCUCGACUUUGAUUCAGGCUUAGAACCAGAUCGCCUUUGUGGUGACAAUUUACAUGUUUCACCGCUAGAUCGCUCAUAUAAAGGGAAGAUUUUAGCGCACUACCCUGAAAACAUAACAAGCAAUCCAUUUGAUGAACAUGCUGUUUGUAUGCUAUGCUUGCCAUCGGGACUGCAGUUUAGAACACAGAAACAUUCCCUAGAGCCAAAAUUUCACAGCUUUGUUGUAACAAGAGAAAAUGCAUCUAGAUACUAUGGAUUCAGCCUCAUCUUCUAUGAAGAAGUUAGAAACACAAAGAUAUGUACUGCAAUGCAUACCCUACAGGCAAUGUAUAUCACAGAAUUGUCCAGUGGACAGACACCUCCAGGACAUAGGAAAGGCUCUGGAAAGGAAAGUUCACGAUCACUCCCCCGAUCUUUUAAACUCACACCACACACGGGUGCAGCACUCACCUACUACGACAUUGCCAAAGAUAAACUUUAUGUAGCCAAAAGUAUAGCACUGAUAUGUCAGUAUCCUUAUGUAAGAGUGGCUCAGUUAUUUUUAGAGAAUUUGUUUCGAUCUUUGCCUAGGCAACCCGGGCCGGGACUAAGCCCCGAGUCUUAUGUCUACAACUUACUUUAUGAAGUUCCAGUGCCCAUUUUGGGUCAAGCUUUGCGUCUUUACGUACCCCCGCCUGAACCUCAUCUUGACCCAAUUCCUGUUGUGAUAAGAAUGCCAAAUCCCCCAGAAGAGUUACCACUAUUGGAUUAUCCAUUAAGGGUUAUGUUUGCCACUCUUGGAGUCGACUGUGUUGUCCAAUUGUUCACAUGUGUGCUUUUAGAACAUCAAGUCCUACUUAGAUCCAGUGAUUACAACAAGUUGAUGCUUGUAGCAGAGUGUAUAGUAUCACUCCUAUUGCCGUUCACGUGGGCCCACGUCUACGUGCCCAUACUUCCAGCGCCGCUCUACCAUUUUCUGGAUGCACCGGUCCCUUUUGUUAUGGGUCUACACGCUGACAGUGCAGCCGUCAGUAUAGGCAGCAAUGGCCUCCGCAGCAUAGCCCUGGGUUCGGAGGCGGCCCUGUGUUUAGUGGAUAUAGACAAACCAGACAUACAGCUGCCAGAGGAACUGCCCAUAUUCCCCCACCGAACGCAUUUCAUAGAGGAAAUCAACCACGUUUUGGACAAGCAUCAGAUUCAAAGGCCAGAAACGGAACCUACUAAACUCGGAGUGCCUCUCAAUGGAACGUCAUAUAAGCACAUGAAUGACAGUAUGAGCAGUAGCUGCACAUUACCUUCUGGCGGUUUGCGGCGAAAGCACUCGUUACACGACGUACUGGAAUGGGAGGAGAGUCGUCCACUGACGGCCUCCCCUCCCGCGUCCCCCACCCGCCGCGCCCCGCUCCGCCUCGAUGCUUUGCAACGCAUCGUGGAUAUCGCUAAACGGACUGGUGUUAGUUUAGAUGAGGUAGAUGCGGAAACAGUGAUGCCAGCUUUAAAGAAGAAGAAUUUGAACGACGAGGAGCAGUACAACGAAGAUAUGAAAUUCAAUAUGGCCAUUAGAGAGACAUUCCUAAAUCGAUUCGUUCAUAUUUUCCUUAUGUACGAGAACUUUGUCAUCAUGCCAGACCAGGAUCGUGACUCUUGGUUAUCGGCUCGUGAAUCAAUGGUAAACUUCGACAAAGCGUCGUUUCUUUCCGAUCAACCGCAGCGCCAUAGGCCAUUUUUGUCGCGUUUUCUCGAAACUCAGAUGUUUGCGACAUUCAUAGACAACAAAAUAAUGGCCAACUGGGGCGAAUAUGAUGUCAAUCUUCAAGUCUUCGAGCAUAGAAUAAAAGCUGUUAGGCGGCGGCUAAACGAGGGCGGGCUGGCGCUGCGGGUGUAUAGCGUGUGGACGGGCUCGGCGAGCGGGGCGGGCCGCGCGGCCGAGCUGGAGGCGGGCGCGCCGGCCGAGCGCCUGCCGCACCGCGCCGCCUACUACCGCGCCUUCCCCGCGCGCCUGGACGCGGCCGCGCUCGCGCCGCCGCCCGCCGCCGACCGCAGAACAAACAGCUUGAAGCGUAUCAAGAACGCUAAGUGGCAAGUCAAAGAUUGUCCGCCGGAACUGUUAAUAGGUGACAUAAGUAGGAGACUUUCCACCGAAGUCACGCCUAAUGCUAUAGCACAAAACCAUAAGACGUUUGUCGAAAAGCUACUUAAGGAAUGCAAAAGCAAAACAAAACGAAUGUUACUAGAAAAGAUGGGUACCGAGGAGACUGAUCUAGGUUUGGGAUCAGAAGUAUCGAUAACUGGUAUAGAAGAAAGUACGAUGAUCGCUUCACUUUGCGACUUGCUCGAGAGACUAUGGUCGCACGGCGUCCAACACAAGAUGGGCAAGUCAGCGUUAUGGAUGCACCUCACAAAUUACCAGGAAUUGGAACAGUGUAGCAACUCUACAAAGCCUAUUGAUCCAAACUAUCUUACCCCAGACUUAUCGUCAGUGGGGGCUGAAGUAGAAGCCCAGCAGAGUUCCAGCAGCGGGACUCGAUCCCGCGACAGUUCACGCGGGGGCUCCCGAGACAGUUCUAGAGACCGUCUCAGUAAUUCGGGCACUUUGGAGAGGAAAUCUUCGCAGCAGCCAAACCCAUUGCGCCCGUUGCCCGAAAGUCUCACUUUUGAUAUGAGGAAUGUCCAAGCCAUGACAGAUAUAAAGACUGAAAUUGGUUACGCUCGAGCGUGGGUGCGUUUAUCUCUAGAAAAGAAGUUGCUCUCUAAACACUUACGCGAACUACUCGCCGACACCACGCUGUUACGCUCUCAAUACAAAAGGACUGCUUUCUUACGCUGCGAGGAAGAAAGGGAGCAGUUUCUUUACCAUUUACUGACUUUGAAUGCUGUCGAUUAUUACUGCUUUACGAAUACUUACCCUACUACAAAACUACCAUAUCGUGUUCUGAUAGUGCCAUCCCGGAAAGCGAGCCAAACCACAGCAAAUUGCUGGAUCUCAAUAUCGGGCACCAACAGAGAAUCCACGCCGAAAAUCCCAAUACCACGCAACACUAACGAAUUCGUAUUUCACCAUAAAAACUUAGGAAUAUUAUCUACACUGCGAAUUGGACAUGACAAUUCGGGAUUGUCACCACGAUGGUUACUCGAUCAAGUUUUCGUUAGAAACGAAGUCACAGGGCAUACAUAUACAUUCCCGUGCAACCGCUGGCUAGGCACGGGCGUGGACGACGGCUCCACGGAGCGACUGUUGCUGGCGGCGCGCCUCCGCAGCGGCCGCACGCCGCGCACCCCUGCCCCCGCCGCCUCGCACCCCCCCACCCCCACCGCCACGCAUCUCUCCACCUCUACUAUACAGCAUAUGAUCGGUGAUUGCGUAAACGCGAUAGUAAAAUGGCACUACCAGUCUAAGAGGGAGAAAGAUGCCAACUCUCUCAGUGUGCUGUUGUGCGGUGAAAAUGGCUUAGUAAAAUGCCUAGAGCAAGCAUUUCUGUGUGGAUUUAAAUCAGCACGUCUUUUUGGAAAGAAUCUGUUUAUUUGGGAUUACUUUGCACGAGUAAAAGAUGAAUUCAAAAUGAGUUUGUGCGAUGAACCGAACACACAAAAUAGUAAAGCCUGUGGAGUUGUUUACAACUGUCGGCAGGACCAGGAACACAGGUCCAUCUGGCGAUGUUACUGCCAUCUCAUGGAUGAAAUCAGCACUGCGGGUCGGACGCUGGGCAAAGAUGGGAAAUUUCAACUUUUCAUAUGUCUGAGUUUGAGAGAACAUUGGCUUCAUCGAAUGCUAGUCCCGAUGUCGAUGACGCGUGUGACAGUGGAAAUGUAUGAAGAACAAAGUUUCCUACGCAAACGUGGGCUCCUGACAUUCCUGAGGCAAAUACUCGAACCUUUGGACGAGUUUGAUAUCGUCCUUGAAAAUUCGCUCACCCAAGGCAUCUAAAACUUAUAUAUAAUUAAUAUUUUUGUGCUCUCCAAAGAUCUGAUAAGUCUUAAAUAAUUUUGAUCUCUUAACUUGCGCUUUAGUGUAAUUUAGGCGUAGUUAGAAGAUCGUAUAAAAGAGCACAGUAUUUUUAUGUUACAAUACUUGGAGUAUAUUAUGUUACUUAUUUUAUUAUAUCACCAUUGCAGCAACAGCAAUUAUUUUAGCUUUACUCGUUAGCAAGUUUUCAAAUAGAAGACUCGAAUUAAGUUUAAUUAUCUAUACUCAUUAGGAAGAGUAGAUAAUUUUUCAAUUUAGUCUUUUUUUUUGUUCAUAUGCUGUAGAUAAUUGCAAAAAUUAAUCAUGUUCAAGAUGUAAGUAUUAAAUAAAAACUUACAUUUCAUCUUACCUAAAAUAGGCAUAAUGUUAAAUAAAUAACUCAAAAAAUACUCAUCGGUACCUCUAAAAUUCCCUAAUACUUAUGAAUUUGAUAUUAUUUAUCAGGGUCUGAUUAUUGUUACUUUUUUUUAUUUUUACCUUUACGUGUUCUUGCCAGUUAUACCCAAAGAUUAUUUUAUAUAAGGUAGGUACUUAGACGUUAUAGAUAAGUAGUUUCAAUAUUAAUUUGUCAAAAGUGAUAUAAGACGUGUUACAUGGCUAGUUGUGAUUACAAGAGAGAAAGUCUUCAGCAAUGUUGUCAAAUUAAUAUUUUUUUCACAUCACUUGAAGUGUUUUGCAUAGCAACAAAACUUAAGCUUAUUUAGAGAAACUACUACCUACUUAAGUAGAAUUACAGAAUUAAAUGUAACAGCACAGAAUUAUCAAUAGUAUGCAGGCAGAUGUAAUUUUUAAGGUUUUGCAAUAUUAGUCAACAAAAAAUCCGACAACACUAUGCGGAUUGGAUGCGGAGACCAACUGUUUUGUUGGCCUUUAGCUUAUUUACAUUAUUUCUUUAUUAAAAUGUCUCGAAUAAAUCAUUCCUGUGUAUGUUUGGAUAGUAAUAAAGGUUGUUUCUCGAUCCUGCCGUCCUGCGAAAUUGUUGUCAGUAUCAAUAUUUUAAAAAAAAAUAUUGUACUAUGGUAUGCUAGAACUAGAAUACCAAAGUCAAAGGUUCUAAACAACAAAAUUUUGAAUAAAAUCAAACUUUACUUCUUUAUUAUAGAUUUAAAUAA